AGCCCAGCUGCAGAAGCGGCCGUCUCCUUCAAAGCACAAGGUGUCUAGUCUUUAAAGAAAUCUGAGCCCCAGGGAGGCAGCGCGGAGCGACCCGGCGGGGCUGGCGCGAACCGCUAGGGAGAGCGCAGGGCUGCGCUCCGGCACCGGGGUGAGCGUAGCCGCGGUGGACCCCCGCGACCUGCGCCAGAGACCCCGGCUCCACGCUCUCCUCGCAUUUUACAGAUAACGCCCCCCACCACCGGCGACUAAAUCUCCCAACACGGAGCUUUUAUAUCCAGAGAAGGUGCAGGAACCGGGGCAACCACUACUGUCCCAGGCACCCAAGAUGCGGUCCGUUAGGAAGAGGUGGACGAUCUGCACGAUAAGUCUGCUCCUGAUCUUUUAUAAGACAAAAGAAAUAGCAAGAACUGAGGAGCACCAGGAGACGCAACUCAUCGGAGAUGGUGAAUUGUAUUUGAGUCGAUCCCUUGUCAAUAGUUCUGAUAAAAUCAUUCGAAAGGCUGGCUCUUCAAUCUUCCAGCACUCUGUAGAAGGUUGGAAAAUCAAUUCCUCUUUGGUCCUGGAGAUAAGGAAGAACAUUCUUCGUUUCCUAGAUGCAGAACGAGAUGUCUCGGUGGUCAAGAGCAGUUUUAAGCCUGGUGAUGUCAUCCACUAUGUGCUUGACAGGCGCCGGACACUAAAUAUUUCUCAGGAUCUGCAUAGCCUGCUCCCUGAAGUGUCACCGAUGAAGAACCGCCGAUUUAAGACCUGUGCAGUUGUGGGAAACUCUGGCAUUCUGCUGGAUAGUGAAUGUGGAAAGGAGAUUGACAGUCACAAUUUUGUAAUAAGGUGUAAUUUAGCCCCUGUGGUGGAGUUUGCUGCAGAUGUGGGAACUAAAUCAGAUUUUAUUACCAUGAAUCCAUCAGUUGUGCAAAGAGCAUUUGGAGGCUUUCGGAAUGAGAGUGACAGAGAAAAAUUUGUGCACAGACUUUCCAUGCUGAAUGACAGUGUCCUUUGGAUCCCUGCUUUCAUGGUCAAAGGAGGAGAGAAGCACGUGGAGUGGGUUAAUGCAUUAAUCCUUAAGAAUAAACUGAAAGUGCGAACUGCCUAUCCAUCAUUGAGACUUAUUCAUGCUGUCAGAGGUUACUGGCUGACAAACAAAGUUCCCAUCAAAAGACCUAGUACAGGUCUCCUCAUGUAUACACUUGCCACAAGAUUCUGUGAUGAAAUUCACCUGUAUGGAUUCUGGCCUUUCCCUAAGGAUUUGAAUGGAAAAGCGGUCAAAUAUCAUUACUAUGAUGACUUAAAAUAUAGGUACUUUUCUAAUGCAAGUCCUCACAGAAUGCCAUUAGAAUUCAAAACCUUAAAUGUGCUACACAAUAGAGGAGCUCUGAAACUGACAACAGGGAAGUGUGUAAAGCAAUAAAGCACAUUUGAAAACAGACAAACUGAAUAUGCACUUCUUUUCUGAAGAUGCUUCCUAAGAUCUGAAAAUAGGAUCCAAAACACGACUGGGUUUCAGCAUCCACCAAUUACCUGAAAGGUGAUCAAGGACAUUCAUGAGAAAUCCACUACCAGCUGAUGAAAUACCUGUGAAGUGCUCUAAAAUUUAAAUAUGUUGACUUCAAGGGUCCUAGUAAGUGCCACUUCCACGAAGAACACAGUUUGAAUGUAUAAUCAGUAGUGUUUACAAGAUCCAACAAUGCACUUGUCCUUAGUUACUGAAACAAAGAUGUUCGUCACUGUCGGGCUGCCUCUGCGAUGCCAAGCACAUGAGAAGAGGAACAGCGGGAACAUAACUCAGCCCUUGGGGAAAUUAACCAUCCUUGUCAGCAGAUAUGAAGAUGGAAACUGAGCAGCGAAAUACACAAGAUUAAACAACUCAAGUAAAUGCCUUCAGUCAGGACUCUGAGUCUGAUCAUGAAUUUUACGUUUCUGUUUUUUUGUCUGGAAUCUCUUUUGGUUUGGGGUGUUUAGAAAUCCUUUCUAAGACAAAUAUGAAUGAGAUAAAUAACCUCCAUGUGGUCAUUUUUAAACUUCUUAAAUUUUUAAAGAGCAGUCACACAAUGACUUUGUAAAAAAAGUUUUAUUUUGCACAACUCUAAACCUCCAGAUGUUUUUCCAGUGGUAUAGAAAGUACCAGCUAAACUGUACCAUUAAGUAAUCUUGAACCAUUCUAAAGAAAAGAUGUUCUAUGUCACCUAAGGUGGUAUAAUAUUAGCUGAAAAAAAAUGUACUUUUGGUACCAAAGAUUAUACUGAUGUUUCUACACGACAAACCAUUUUCCUUUCAUGGAAAUAAUAUAUUACUGUGUUAUUCUGUUAAUGUGAAAGCUCUCUCUAGAUAUUUUCAAUUUUCAAAACUCAAACUUUAUUUUUAUUUGAAGGAAGACUUCCAUGGUGUUUACAUUUCAUAAUAAUUUUGUGGAAGCACUUUGCCCUUUAACAAUAAAUGUUUGCCUGAUAGGGAUGAAAUGUGACUUCCAGUUAUUUGAUAUAUCCCCCUAUUCAAAUAGAAAGAUUGGCCUGCUCUUUAUAGCAUAAGUUUUCUCAGUGCAGAAAUAACUAAUGAGUGUUGCUUCCAUUACAGAGAUGAUUCAUUUUAAUAGGUUUAACAAUGGAACUGUAUGUCAGUAUUUUGCACUUUGAAUGAAUUAAAUUGACCAACAUUUUUUUCUGGGGUUAAAUUUAUUCAAUGUUAUCAUAUUAGUAUGUUUUCAAAGAAGCACAUGAAGUUAUUAAUAAAGUGAGUUAGGAUGUGUGAGCAUGUAACAGAAUUGACCAGUAGACCUGUUUACUGGUAACGCGUGCUACGCUGGUCGGUGAUUCUGAUGGUAACUUGUUUCUUUUGAAAGCAGAAGUGCUCUGUUUCCACUUCUACUCUUGGUCUGAAACAACUCAGUUGACUUCUUGUUUUUUAGGCAAGGCAGUCUGAAGAAAGAAGAAUAGCACGCAGAGUAUGUAUGCUUUGUUUUUUAGAGAAGACACUCUGAAAAAAAAAGAAUAAAUAGCAUGGGGAAUGUAUAUGAAAUCACGAAAAAAGAUAUUCUCAGUACAGUUCUUAAUAUAUUAAUGAUAUAUGGUAUUAUAUUUAAAAAUAUGUUAGAACUGUGUGAUAUGGGAGACUAUAUUUUCUGAGAAUUCAUGUGUCUCUAAGAAAACAAAAUAAAAUAAAGGAGAUGCUUAGCUACAAAUGGAUAGAACAUACGUACUUUUGUCAUUAAUCUCUUUAGGGAAUUUUAAAAAAAAUUAGGCACAUGUUAUGAAUGUAAAGUUAAAAAUCUGAUGGACUUAAUAAAUCAAAAAUAGGUAGGUGGUUUAUAGAAUCUUAAUUUCCACCAUUUGUGAAUAAGUUGUUUGAGUAGUCCUUAAUUGAAUUCUAUAGAAAUUUUGAAGUCAAAAUUUGUAUGUAAAAUUAACCUCAGAACUUAUUUAAAGUAUGUCCUAAAAAGCAUCAGCAAAGUACCUUGCCAUUUUUACUGCAUUUUAGACAAAUGUAUUUAAACAAUUUUAAGGCCACAGCAAAAGCGUCCCAGCCAUUCACUGUUCUGUGCAUUGAAGUUUAUUUCAUAGAUGCAUUGAGUAGUGCCUUUUUAGCUUCACCUUGCUUUGUUACCCUAUGCUUUCUGUUCUCUAAAUACGUUGCCCAGUUCUGAAAAUGUUUGGCAUAUAAAAAAGGGCUUCAGUAUCAACUGAGACUACUUUUGUUCAUCUCAGGGAGCUUUCAAUACUCAAGAAUGAAUUCAAUUAAGGCAUCAAGUGUUCAAAGCAUACAAACUGUACAUGAUCAUUUCAUUCCCUAUCGUAAACCUUUCCAUCCAUGCCUCCCGAUUCAAGAUCUACUGUGGCCUUAAUGGGGCAAGGAGAUGACUGAGAGCUGACAGCAAGAAUAAGAAAAUCACUGAGAUUUAACCAAUAAGGGGGCAAAAGGGAUCAUGAUAAGAUCUAAUUAUAAAUGCAUACUUGAAAUACUUGCUUUUUUUCUUUUGUACUAUUAUAUGUUCACGGCUUUAGUUUUUUAUUUCUUUGUUAUGAUUUAACCCAGUACCUGGCAAUGCUCAGGCAGCUGAUUGUAAAAAAAAGGUUCCUGUCCUUCAGAGAACAUGGUUGUUACUGUGCUGUUGACAUGAGUAGGCCAUGGAAACCUGUUCAUCAUUAUCACCCAGCUUGUUCUAUUAUUAAUAUUAAGUUGCUAGAAUAAAAAAAUAAGAAUCAGUAACAGAUUUUCUGGGCAAUUCUAAUUAAUUAUUCAGCCCAAAGGACUGCUGAAAUUAUUGUGGAAGUUUUUCUAUCGGAAGGUGCUGAGCAUUCAAAUGUAUUUAUGUAUUGUGUAUCAUAUGAAGUGUGUAUCAAUUGCUAACGGGAAUUUCUACAUAUACGCUUAUAGAAGCAAUUUAUUUCAAUGACGCUAUGUUUGCAUUGGUGGUAUAGUGGUGAGCAUAGCUGCCUUCUAUAUGUUAUGGGUAGUGUACAUACCAACUAGUUAUUAAGCUACUACACAGGAAAAGGGUGAACAAAAUAAUUUAUUUCUGAUUGAGCGAGUCAGUCACAAUGCACACAAUGUGGUAUUUGGUUCAUAAAAGAGUUGUUUUCACGUGGUUAUUGUUGGAAGUAGCUAUAAUUGUGGAAGGGGUGUAGGAAGAGUUAAAUAGAAUUAGUUACCUCUACAGGUGUGAAAUUUCCCCAAGAGACAUGAUCCAUAUACCAAUGUUUUAAAGAUUGAGUGAGGGGAGGAUAUUGCUUGUACUAGUAUUUAAUGAAAGAAAAUCCAAAUAAAGACCACCUAGAAAUAGAUAUUUUAUUAUAUAUGUGCUAUAGAUAUAUCUAUAUAGUACAAAUAGACAUGUGUGAUGCAUAUAUACAAUGCUAUAUAUGUGUGUUUGUGUGUAUACACACUGAGUCUGAAAUAUACACACACUAGACUUGUGUUAUGCUAACAUCUUCAGGGCCGCACUGUGAAGCACCCUGGAGAUAAGACCACUUUAGAAUGAAGAAGUCCUUUUGAGACUUCAGUUACUAACCUGCUUUAAGAGGUAUCUACUUUAUAACUGAAUUGUGUGUUGCUCAUACCUAGAGUUACAAUAAGGGUCUAGUCUGUCGGAAUCUUAAAUAAAAAGAAAACUUUAAAAUUAAAAAAAAAAGUCUUCAUGCUGGCAAUGUAUUUGAAUUGCAGUUUUCAGCUUGUGGCUUCAGGCCCUGUGUCUCCCAUUUAAGUAGCACCUUUUAAUAGACAUGGUUUCUUUGUGUAGGCAAAAGCACAAGUGGUUCAAAUGUAUAUAGCAGGAAAAAAAGUUUACAAAGAUAGCAUUGCUGCACAGAAUAAUUGCUACUGAAUAUUUCUUAUAUAAUUUGUGGAAAUGAAAGCUGAGGUUUAUUCUGUCAAAUUCAUUCUGUUCAACACUGUUUUCCUAUUGUUUAUGUAGAGCAAUUGGGUGUUACUGUUUUAUCAUUUGUAAUAUUGUAAAAUAAAUUAAAUCCUUUUUUUUCCAA